GGGGCGGGCCGAGGCGCUGGGGCCGCCCCUCCAAAAUGGCCGAGCAGCAGCAGCCCCAGCAGCAGCAGACACCGGGAGCAGGGUCGGAGGGCUGCAAGGCGCUGGGCGCCCUGCUCAGCGGCAUCGCGCAGGCCGCCUACCACGGCAACGCGGCCCUGACGGCCGAGCUGCUCCGCGGGCAGCUCUACCCCGAGGCGGCGCCCGAGGAGUUCGCGGCCCUGCGCGCCAAGAUGGGCGGCCUCCUGCAGUCAAUUGCUUCAGCAGACAUGGAUUUAAAUCAGCUGGAGGCUUUUCUCACUGCCCAAACCAAAAAACAAGGUGGCAUCACAUCUGAUCAAGCUGCAGUCCUCGCAAAAUUUUGGAAGAACCACCGAGUAAAGAUCCACGAAAGCCUGGUAAAUCAAAGCCGUUGGGAUAACGUCUUGAAAAACAUGAACUGGAGAGUGGAUCUGAAGUCACAGUCAAGACACAUUGAUCAGAUAAAUACUCCGGUUGCAAUAGUGGAAAUGGAACUGGGAAAAAAUGGUCAGGAAUCCGAGUUUCUCUGCCUGGAGUUCGAUGAGGCCAAGGUGAGCCAGAUGCUGAAGAAACUCUCGGAAAUAGAGGAGAGCAUGACUGCGUUGACUCAGACCACUUGACUCUUACAGCAAAUAAAGAGAAUUGCAACUCAGAAGUCAAACAACCUCGAUAUGAGAAAUGAGUGUUGGACGCAGAAGAUUAAAGCUGCUGGGAAUUCUGAUGAUGGUAAACAUUUUUAUCUAUGUGAUUGUGGAAGUCUCCAAAAGUGGCAGCCAAGAGAAGAAUGCAAAAGGCCGUGUUAUUAUACCACGCAGCAAAUUCUGGAGGAAAUACACUCCUCACAAAGCUUAUUGGAACAAGCAGCAACAGAAGCUCGAACUGCUGUACAACCCGAUUCUGACUUUGCUUUCCAAUAUGACUGUGGAAGAGAACUUAAUUUCUAACGCGAGUGUUCUCAGUUCCUGUGACCCUGACCCAUGGGUGACUUCAGAGGUUAGUGACUUUGCAAACUUGCCAGAAAGAUUCAAAGACUUCCUGCUUUAUUUGAGAUGUAGAAAUUACUCAUUACUAAUGGAUCAGCCAAACAAGUGCAAACAUAAACCUUUCCUGCUGCUGGCUAUUAAGUCACUUAUACCACACUUUGAUAGAAGGCAAGCAAUUAGGGAAUCCUGGGGGAAGGAAAUAGAAUCAGGAGAUAUAACAGUCAGAAGGGUCUUCCUCCUUGGGCAGACCCCACCAGAGGAUAAUUUUCCUGACCUUUCAGACAUGAUAAAAUUUGAGAGUGAAACCCACCAAGACAUUCUGCUCUGGAACUACAGAGACACUUUCUUCAAUUUAACUCUGAAAGAGGUGCUGUUUCUCAAGUGGGUGAGCAGCAGUUGCGCAGAUGUCCAGUUUAUUUUUAAGGGCGAUGACGAUGUUUUUGUGAAUACCCAUCAGAUCCUGGAUUACUUGAAGAGCUUAUCAAAGGACAAAGCCAAAGACUUAUUCAUAGGUGAUGUGAUCAAAGAUGCUGGACCUCACAGGGAAAAGAAAUUGAAGUACUACAUCCCAGAAAGUGUUUAUGAAGGUUCGUAUCCUCCGUACGCAGGAGGCGGUGGGUUUCUGUACUCUGGUGAUCUGGCAUUAAGACUGAAUAAUGCGUCCGACCAGGUACUCCUGUAUCCUAUUGAUGACGUUUAUACUGGAAUGUGCCUUCAGAAGCUUGGGCUGGCUCCGGAAAAACACAAAGGUUUCAAAACAUUCGACAUUGAAGAGAAAUACAGAAAUAACAUAUGUUCCUACACAAACUUAAUGUUAGUGCAUAGUAGAAAACCUCAAGAAAUGAUUAAGAUUUGGACACGCUUGCAAGAUCCACACUUAAAUUGCUAAAGUAAUGUGCAUAAGUGUCUUAAAUACACAUAACUUCCCAGGUUUGGGUCUGACUUUCUUGGUGAACCAUUGAAGCUCUGUUUAAUAGUUCUUUUCAAAUUUUCUCUGGAAAUUUCUUCCUGUACUUUUGAAAGUGACAAUAAUACUAAAAUUGGAGGGGAUGGCACCAAGACUUGGUCCUGAUUUUUCCACUGUACUGGUGGUCAUUAUGUCUCAGUAUCUAUCUAAAUUUUAAAAAGGACUUGAAGGAUGUGGCUUGCUGCCAGUGAUUGGUUACCUGUAUUGGAAGCAGUGAUUGCAUACUACAGAGCAUCUUUCAUUAAUUGUGAUGGUGGAAGAUAUUUUUUUUCCUUGAGUAGUGUUGGUGUGGGGCUGUGUGGAAACCACUGUAAAUGAACAACUCACAAAUUGGGGGAAUGUAGUUUUUGCUUUAAGUAUGAAACACGAGACUUGAUUUUUUAACUUAGUUUUCAGUCUUUUAUGCACCCCAAGCAGUAUUUUCUCCUUUUGUGCAAAGUGUGCCUGUGUCUGAAGGAUUUACUCUUUUAUUAGAUAAUGUGUUUUUGGUGUUUUGUCUUUUUUAACAUGAAAAGAGCGUAAUGUGGUUCCAAACACCCUGUAAAAGAGCUGAACAUACAAGGGAAAGGCAGAGCAGGUUUUGUUUGGGGCUGGGCAGUAGGUACAAUUCUGCUGCUGCCCACUCUGAGCUUUAUACGUAAGGUAAAGCUGACUUGUAACUCGUGGUAUUUAUGUGAAAAGCUACUCUGGUCAGUCCUUGAUUUCUGUUUUGGCACUAAAAGUGAUCAGGUAGCUGAUUUGAUAAAAAUAACUGAAAUUGCACAUUGCUUGUGAGAGCACAGUUUGGAUCUCCUGUAAAGCAGUAGCGAGUCUAGGAUUGCAGUUCCUGAGAGGUUUGGAUUUUGAAACAAACUUUGAAGUUGCAUGAUGUCUCAUCUAGAGUUAAACAUGUUCUCAAAGUUCAGAUUUUCUUCUGUAUUUCCACAUCUUGCUUAUAAGAGCUAUUCUAAAUAGUGAUUGCUUCCUUUGUAUAUGUAGAAGUGCCUGUCUAUUUAUUGUUCAGAUUGAAGACCAAAACAUUUUCUUAAAUAUAUUUUGUGUAACAUUUUAUUUGUAUAGUGUUGUCACUCAGAUAUUUAAAUAGAGCAUGAUAUUUUAAACCUGUGAGAUGUGUAACAUGUUAAAUAAAGCUAAUUGUUAUUUUUGAAUUUGAAAAAUAAAAUGUGAUUUAAA